ACUCAUAACACCUGCCAGCACUUGACUAUUUCACCGCAAAAUUCUAAUAUUGCCUGGAUUUUUCUAUGCCCGGAUUUGUCAUUCCGGAGUUUUCAGAAGACGAUUACUUACCGGUAAAUGGAAACGUGAGAGAUUUCUAAAGCAUCACGUAAUUCCCAUUGCCUGUAAUUUGAGGAAAAUGUCUCUCUUUCCAAGAAGUAAACUUUUUGACAACUUGUGAAAACUUAACCAAGAAAAGGGUGUACGUGAAGCCGUAUUACAAAUUGGCAUUGCCUACAGAGAGACACAUUUUCUACUUUUAGUUUGGAAGUCUACACAACGCCACGGAAUGUGAAAUCUAGGCUACUGUCUAUCGACAUCGCCAACAGAGCCAACCUGCAUUUCAAGACUCCAAAGGUUAACACUGCUGUCAUUGCUAUGGAGACCACCCAAGUCCUCCUCCUCUUUCUCCUGAGUUUAUUUGUCUACAGUUGCCAUGCCAACGCUCGGACUGCUCCCAGAGUGCAUUUGUCAUACAAAGAGCUGAUGGAGACGCGGACGGUGCGGCCUUUCUCCUUCUCCUUCAACACCAGUGACUACCGCAUCCUGCACAUGGAUCAGGACCAGGGCCGUCUCUACCUGGGCAGCCGGGAGUACCUGGUGGCCCUGGACAUGCACAACAUCAACAAGGAGCCCCUCAUAAUUCACUGGCCGGCCACUACCCAGAGGAAAGGAGAGUGUAGAAUGACUGGAAAGGGUGGGCAGGGGGAGUGUGCAAACUUUGUCCGUCUAAUCGAACCCUGGAAUCGCACACACCUGUACACCUGUGGCACAGGGGCCUAUAAGCCCAUCUGCACCUUCAUCAACAGAGGAUGGAGAGCAGAGGAGUACCUGUUCAGGCUGGUCCCUGGCUACGUGGACUCAGGGAAAGGGAAAUGUUCCUAUGACCCGCGGCAGGAGAACGCUGUGGCCCUUAUCAAUGGGAAUCUGUAUGCAGGGGUCCACGUUGACUUCAUGGGCACGGACCCGGCAAUCUUCAGAACCCUGGGGGACAGACCUGCUGUCAGGACUGAGCAAUAUGACUCCCGCUGGUUGAAUGAGCCUGUGUUUGUGAAGAUCCAGCAGAUUCCUGACAGCUCUGAGAGAAACGAUGAUAAGCUCUACUUCUUCUUCCGGGAGAAGAGCCUGGACGCAGCCGGGGGUGGCAGCCCCAGUGUCCUGGCCAGGGUGGGCCGAGUAUGCCUGAAUGAUGAUGGGGGUCAGAGGUCACUGGUCAACAAGUGGACGACCUUCCUGAAGGCUCGGCUGGUGUGCUCAGUGAUAGGCAGCGAUGGUGUGGAGACCUAUUUCGAUGAGCUGAAGGAUGUCUUCAUUCAGCCAACACAAGACGAACGCAAUCCUGUCGUGUACGCGGUAUUUUCUACUGCGGGGUCUGUGUUUAAGGGCUCAGCCGUGUGUGUGUACUCUAUGUCCGACAUCCGCAAUGUCUUCAAUGGCCCCUUCUCACACAAGCAUGGACACAACUACCAGUGGACCCCCUACACUGGAAAGAUCCCCUACCCUCGCCCUGGAACAUGUCCAGGAGGAACGUUCACCCCGGGCCUCCGCUCCACCAAGGAGUUUUCUGAUGAGGCAGUGAACUUUGUGAGGGCGCACCCCCUCAUGUACCACCCUGUCUACCCCAUACACAAGCGCCCCCUGGUGGUCCGAACAGGGGUGGACUACCGAUUCACCUCCAUCGUGGUGGACCUGGUGGAUGCUGUGGACGGGAGGUAUGAGGUGCUCUUCCUGGGCACAGAUCGUGGGACAGUCCAAAAGGUGAUAGUACUUCCUAAAGACACUAGCACAACGGAAGAACUCACAUUAGAGGAAGUGGAGGUGUUCAGGACUCCAGCUCCUAUUAAGACCAUGAAGUUAUCAUCAAAAAGGCAACAGCUGUAUGUGUCGUCAGAGAGGGGGCUUACCCAGUUGUCCCUGCACAGGUGUGGCGUCUAUGGGAAGGCCUGUUCAGACUGCUGCCUGGCCAGAGACCCUUACUGUGCCUGGGACGGGGAGACCUGCGCCGGCUUUAGCCCCUCCACCAAGAGGCGGAGCAGAAGACAGGAUAUUAAGCAUGGAAACCCCUUGCGGCAGUGCAGAGGGUUCAAUGCAAAAGUGGAGAAGCGUCUCAGUGAAACGGUGCAGUUUGGGGUGGAGGGGAGCAGCACGUUCCUGGAGUGCCAACCUAGAUCUCCACAAGCAACAGUCAAAUGGCUCUACCAAAAACCAGAUGGCAGGAGGAAAGUGCUGAGCCGAGACGGAGAAGUGCUGAAGACGGGUCACGGCAUCCUCCUCAAGUCUCUGAGCCACGCCGACGGGGGUCUGUACCACUGCCUGGCCACUGAGAACAACUUCAAGCACACGGUGGCCCACGUGGCCCUCCGCAUCCUGGACCGGGAGAUAGUGGAGGCCCUCACCUCCCUGGACGGCCCCCCGGAGGACCAGAACCCCCGUCACCACCCGCACCCACCGCCUCCACCUCCCCCGCCUCACACUCUGCCCCCACAGUUCUCCUCCCAGCCGGAGAUCCGCCUCAUCAACCAGUACUGUCAGUCCUACUGGCAGCAGUUCAACCCCAACCUUCCCACAAAACGCACCAGCAGGAGGCACGUCGAGAGCCAGCCAGAGCCAGCCCUGGGGGGCCCAUCCUAGACCCCUUCUCUCCCCCUCUCCUUCACUGGUGCCCGGGCCAGGUUCUGGAGGGUCACAGUGGCCCUCCACACUGGUAACGCGCAUUGUCACUCACUCAUGUUGUUGUGAUGAUGUUGUUGUUGUAUGUGUUGUUCAUCCCAUUCCCAUUUAGGGUUAGUCUCCAUGAGCCCAAUUCUGACUUUAGAUCGGUGCACAUAGCUCUGUGCUUUCUUGUAAAUCAUGUAUUGAUGUCAAUGAGAGAUUUGAGGUCAAAUUGGAGUUACACGCACAGAGGGUUUGGUCCUAAAAAUCAUCAUAUUAUUUAGCUAAUUAACUGCCCUAUUCAGUCCAAACUAGUAACCUGUUGAGUAACCAGUUAGUAACUAGUAACCUGAAUAUAAUCCCUGAUCAUAUAAUUCUGGGUAUUAUCAAUUGGACUGCUACUUACAGU